CUUGGGGGCGGGACUCGGCCGUGGCGUGGGGGCGGAGCCUCGCUUGCGUACGCUCCUCGGAACUCUGCUCUGCCGGAGCCGGGGGCUUUGCUGCGGCGGCUGCGGUCGCAGCGGCGGUGCAGGCCAGAGAUUGGAGUGAGCCACAGAUACUUGCCCACUACUCUCUGCCAACAUGGGGGAGCUUUUCCGGAGCGAGGAGAUGACGCUGGCCCAGCUCUUUCUACAGUCAGAAGCUGCUUAUUGUUGCGUCAGUGAAUUGGGAGAACUUGGAAAGGUUCAGUUUCGUGAUUUAAAUCCAGAUGUGAAUGUUUUCCAGAGGAAAUUUGUGAAUGAAGUUAGAAGAUGUGAAGAAAUGGAUCGAAAGCUUCGAUUUGUGGAGAAAGAGAUAAGAAAAGCAAACAUCCCAAUUAUGGACACUGGUGAAAACCCAGAGGUGCCCUUCCCCCGGGACAUGAUCGACUUAGAGGCCAAUUUCGAGAAGAUUGAAAAUGAGCUGAAGGAAAUCAACACAAACCAGGAAGCUCUGAAGAGAAACUUCCUGGAACUGACUGAAUUAAAAUUCAUACUUCGCAAAACUCAGCAGUUUUUUGAUGAGGCUGAAUUGCAUCAUCAGCAGAUGGCGGAUCCAGACCUGUUGGAAGAAUCGUCAUCACUCUUGGAGCCAAAUGAGAUGGGAAGAGGCACGCCUUUAAGACUUGGCUUCGUGGCUGGUGUGAUUAAUCGGGAGCGGAUCCCUACCUUUGAGCGCAUGCUUUGGCGAGUGUGCCGAGGGAAUGUGUUCCUGAGACAGGCUGAGAUCGAGAACCCGCUGGAGGAUCCUGUAACUGGCGACUACGUGCACAAGUCUGUAUUCAUCAUUUUUUUCCAAGGCGAUCAGCUGAAAAACAGGGUGAAGAAAAUCUGUGAAGGGUUCCGAGCCUCCCUCUAUCCCUGUCCCGAGACCCCGCAGGAGAGGAAAGAAAUGGCUUCGGGAGUCAAUACCAGGAUCGAUGAUCUCCAAAUGGUUCUAAAUCAAACAGAGGACCACCGCCAGAGGGUUCUGCAGGCAGCUGCUAAGAACAUCCGGGUCUGGUUCAUCAAGGUGCGGAAGAUGAAGGCUAUCUACCAUACCCUGAACCUGUGCAACAUAGACGUGACCCAGAAGUGCCUGAUUGCAGAAGUCUGGUGCCCUGUCACUGACCUUGACUCCAUCCAGUUUGCACUUAGAAGAGGCACGGAACACAGCGGAUCUACUGUCCCCUCCAUCCUGAACAGGAUGCAGACCAACCAGACUCCCCCGACGUACAACAAAACCAACAAGUUCACACACGGCUUCCAGAACUUAGUAGAUGCUUAUGGGAUUGGGACUUACCGAGAGAUAAACCCAGCUCCAUACACCAUCAUCACUUUCCCUUUUCUGUUUGCUGUGAUGUUUGGAGAUUUUGGGCACGGCAUUUUGAUGACCCUGUUUGCAGUGUGGAUGGUGUUGAGGGAGAGCCGGAUCCUCUCCCAGAAGAACGAGAACGAGAUGUUUAGCACUGUGUUCAGCGGUCGAUAUAUCAUCCUUCUGAUGGGACUGUUCUCCAUCUACACUGGUCUCAUCUACAAUGAUUGUUUUUCCAAGUCUCUGAAUAUCUUCGGGUCAUCAUGGAGUGUACGGCCAAUGUUCACUCUAGGGAACUGGACGGAAGAGACGCUUCUGGGGAGCUCUGUUCUCCAGCUGAACCCAGCUAUCCCUGGAGUUUUUGGUGGACCGUACCCAUUUGGCAUUGAUCCGAUUUGGAACAUUGCAACCAAUAAACUGACCUUCCUCAACUCCUUCAAGAUGAAGAUGUCUGUUAUUCUUGGGAUCAUCCACAUGCUGUUUGGAGUCAGCCUGAGCCUUUUCAACCACAUCUAUUUCAAGAAGCCCUUGAAUAUCUACUUCGGCUUUAUUCCUGAAAUAAUCUUCAUGUCCUCCUUGUUUGGCUACCUGGUCAUCCUUAUCUUUUACAAGUGGACAGCCUACGAUGUCCACUCAUCUAAGAACGCACCAAGCCUCCUGAUCCACUUCAUAAACAUGUUCCUCUUCUCCUACCCAGAGUCUGGUAAUGGAAUGCUGUACUCUGGACAGAAAGGAAUUCAGUGUUUCCUCACAGUGGUGGCCAUGCUUUGUGUCCCUUGGAUGCUGCUGUUUAAGCCACUGAUCCUGCGCCGUCAGUAUUUGCGGAAGAAGCAUUUGGAAGGGCAACCCGUGGAGGCCCCAGUCAGCCCAACCCCGAGCCAGCAGGGACUAGAGGCAGUGUCGGCUGCGACAGGAACUCUCAACUUUGGUGGGAUCAGGGUGGGCAACGGACCGACAGAGGAGGAUGCUGAGAUUAUUCAGCAUGACCAGCUCUCCACCCAUUCAGAGGACGCAGAAGAGCCUACCGAGGACGAAGUGUUUGACUUUGCGGACACCAUGGUUCACCAGGCCAUCCACACCAUCGAGUACUGCCUGGGCUGCAUCUCCAACACUGCCUCCUACCUGCGGCUCUGGGCCCUCAGCCUUGCGCAUGCACAGCUCUCGGAAGUCCUUUGGACCAUGGUGAUCCACAUCGGCCUGCACGUUCGGAGUCUGGCCGGAGGGUUAGGGCUGUUCUUCAUCUUCGCCGCCUUUGCCACCCUGACUGUGGCCAUCCUGCUGAUCAUGGAGGGUCUCUCGGCCUUCCUCCAUGCACUGCGGUUACACUGGGUGGAAUUCCAGAAUAAAUUCUACACCGGGACCGGUUUCAAGUUCCUCCCUUUCUCCUUUGAGCAUAUCCGGGAGGGGAAGUUUGAUGAGUGAAUCCCUGGCAGGGCGCAUGCCCGAAGCAGCUGUCCUGCUUGCCUCUCCGGUGAUCGUCUGUGUUCCCCUUGCCUGUUGGUUGUGAUUCCUGGAUACCAGGGCGUUUGUGUCACCCCCACCUCGCCUGCCCCAGCUGUGAGUCACUUAGGUAGCGCUGGUUUCCCUGGGUCUCUGCCCCAAGCCUUGUGUGUAAUGUGCAGACUUCCUACUAUACAGAAAGUUGGACCUCCUGGUGAGAGUUGGAUGGCGCUGUGCCUGAUACCCACCCACCCCGUGGCACCAGUCUUGGCCUCCUGGCCUCCAGACAGACAGCCCUACUCUACACCCUGCUGGGGAGCCAACUUGGGGGGCUCAGAGCCCUCAGGAUGCAAGGGGUUCCUCUUCAGUCCGUAGUUCUUGGUCACGCCUUGGAGGAAGAUCAAAACAGGUUCCCUCCUAGAAGGAGACGUGGUUUAUGGAACAUACCCCACUCCAGUUAGCAGGGACAGUCAGGAAGAUGGUCUUGUCAUCCUUUGCCCAUCCCCCCUCCAGUUGGUACUCAUAGGAAAUUCAGCUGGCCCCAUCUGGGCCAUGAUGAGUGGCUUCUCCUGGUCACCCCAAAGGUCCCAGGAUGACCAGCACCACCCUCCUAGACAGCCUCCUCUCCCCGCCCUCUUGGUCCAGCAUAGCAUCCCCGGGAAGGGCAAGGUCUAACUGUCAUGUGCGCCGACAUGACAUCCGGGCCUUCCCGACCUCAGAUACCCUCCUCGAUCCAGUCUGCAUGAAUGGGCCUUGCCCCACACUACAUCCCAGGGCAGAGGUUAAAAUUGGCACUCUCCUGGUGCAGCCCUGAGCCCUUCCCCGUCCUGAUCAUGAUGUCCUGAGGCUGUGGUCAGUAAGGUUGGUUCUGCCGGCAGGCCUGCCUUAAUCUGCCCACUGAUAGUCUCUCCCCAGCUCCCAUACUGACCCCAGGUUUCAGGAGUGCUGUCCUGGGCAGGGAAGGUCAAUGUCAUUUCCCAGUUGCUAAUUGGAGGUGGCUGACUGGUAGGCUGCCGGGGCAGGUGUGGUGAGCGCUGUGCAGGCUGCCAGGCCUUGUCACCCACCUUGUGUACUCCUGCCUGUGGACCUCAGACCCUUCUAAUCAUGUACCGACCCAGCAGCCCCGGCUGCUCCCGCUCAGUUCACUCACUGCCUUCUUUGGGAGGUAACACUAAAUCAGCAAGGCUCGUUCCCACCCCCACCGUGGCACCCCCGAGAGCUGCUCACACACUCGCCCAGGCAGGGCUGGCCCACUGUGACCUUGUCCUGAACCCCCUCUCCUUAGUGUCCAGUUUACACGACGACGACCUUGGCUCUGUUUACAGUGAGGCCUGAAGCAGAGCUCUGUGUCAGAGACCCUGCUCGAAACCUUCUGUUCAGACAUCCUUGUGCUGAAUAAAGUGUGUUUGACUCUCA